AUGGGUCCUUGUACUUUAUUCAUUCGCUUGAUGUGUUUGAGUUUUGUUAUUGUAACCGAAUUUGCAUCAAUCGAAGGCAAUUCUAAAAGCAUACAGCGUAACCUCUUCCAUGUGCCAUCGCGACGAGUUCCUCGAAGCGUAUUGAUGCAGCAAAACGACGGUGGCACUGCGACAAAUUCGUUUGCUGGUGUUCAUAUGAACAGUUACCAAGGUUUGGUUGGCCGGCCAGGCAUUGACUUUCCGGUCCUUACCCAUAUCCCGAAGACCAUUUUUGACUGUAAAAGUCAUGGAAAUGGUUACUUUGCCGAUUUGGAAACACGUUGCCAGGUAUUCCAUAUAUGCGAUGAUGGAAAGAAGAUCUCGUUUCUUUGCCCAAACGGUACGAUCUUUAGGCAGCUCGAUUUAAUUUGUGACUGGUGGUUUAAAGUGGACUGUGCUGCGACACCAAACCAUUUCGCUGAAAGUACCGAAAUGCUGACCCAAGCUAAAAGAGCACGUUUACAAAGCAAGCACCCUGUACCCCAACCUAUCAAUCAAAGUGAUGAAAGACUUAUGCUCAACAUUCAAGAUAAGCAUUUGCUGUUAGGAAACACAAAUAAUCUUCUCCCUGGUAAAAUACCGACUCGUCAUUCGCUGGAAUUGAACAGACGUAUCGAUAGAAUCAACUCUGCAGAAUUGAUCGGAUUCGCUUCCGAUAGGCGUAAUAAAAGUGGUAAAAUUAUAAAAGGAAGUAACAACAAAUUAAAUGCAGCGGAUGAAAUACAAGACACUGCACAAAGUGCAUCGUUUGCCGCGAUAGCAAAGAAAAUGUUCAACACGUAUUACGCACACGACCAAAAAUUUAAAGAUCAAACAAACGUUAACAAACCCAGAAGAGUUGAGUCCAAUGUUGAAGAUGCACAUCGUGAUUAUCUUUCGGUGUUGUCCAAAGAUGGUCGGGAAGAGAAUAGCAGCAGCAGCAGCAACAGCAGCAGUAGGCACGUGAUGAACUACAUGCCUUAUACAACUGCACGAAAACUGAACUUAAACAGCAAAGUUACGCAAUUUUACACUCCAACAGUACCCACGUUCACUACCAGCUCGAGAACAACCACGAGGGGAGCAAUAACGGGGGAUGCCAUGGUCACGACAAAGGCCACAACAAUCAGCGGUUUCAGCAACGGUGAAACCAACGAGUCCCACAGCUUUAGCAACCAAUUCAAUCAUUUAAUACGGCGUGAGGGUACCACAGACGAAGAGUCGAUAAUGGAUCAUGCCAUUGAAAUUAUGCAAACUAUCAAAAAUCUAAAAAUUGAUGAAUCUGCAGGUAAUGGUAAUGCAGUGAAACGAACCAUGGAAGACGUGAUGGCUAGUGCAGCCACCAAUACAUUCGAUGGCCAGUCCAUUACGUUCUCCACGAUUGCGUCGCCAGCAAAGGCUUCUGUCGAGCUGUUUCAACAUCCAUCGGGAGUUGGUCCAAGCGUAGAUCGCUACAGAAGGAUGCGUAUUGUGUCCGAGCGUAAACCCGACGUUGAUGUUGGCCAUCGGUCGCUUCUAACGCGCACCACGUUGAAUGAAUACGAUCGGCUGUUUCAUUCGAGAAAUAACGAAAAUGGUGAAAACCAUAUUGAAGAUAUGCACGGUCACGAUCACUUGGAGACGGAGUUUUACAUGGAUUCGCAAAUGGAACACGAUCUGGAAGGUCAAUCUUCAAGGUACCCUGUGUUUGGAAUGUCAAAUUCAACACAAAUUCGUGAGUUGGCACAAAUUUUUACUCAUGCAUUGUCGGCCUACUUGCAAGAUCCAGUGACAUUUCGACGCAUUUUGACUGAAAUUCGCCCGAAAGCUCCAGGAACGCAAACAGCCAACAAAUCGUUAACACCCGUGCGGUCGACUGUCAACGAAUACGGUACAAGCGUGUCUUCUUUGCUUGAAAGUACCACGUAUUUACCAGUCGGUAAGGCCAUCCAAAAUGACCAGUUGCACGACGCAGAAAAUUAUGAAGUCCUAGACUUCUCCGACUUAACAACAACUACUAUCACUGCUAAUCCUACGGAAAAUGAAACAACAAUUCCCGAUACAUCAACCAUACCAACAACAACGAUUGAUUACUAUACCGAAUAUAAUAAGAUGACGGGUAAGGCAGAAGAUGUCUCAAGAAAACAAGGUAAAAGUUUGUCAAUUAAAUUCAUAACAAACAGUCGCAAUGAACUUGCCGAUGAAGUUAACAGUGAGCUAGGAACACCGGCAUCCUCGAUUUUUUCAAACCGAUUUGCGGAUCUUGCUAGUAUAGAGAACAAAGAAAACAAAUUCGGAGGCAUAAGAUCAUCGAGCUCAUUACCGUCCAACAGUCUAUUAGACACUAAUACGCAAACAAUCUCUACCACGCUACCAACAACAUCAACAGCUAGCGUAACCGAAGCGAUACCGGCCCCGCAAUCUAUAUUAAAACCCCCGGUAUUAUCCAACAAUCGGUUUUCCAUGGAAAUCAAACCGAAAACAACACUGGUGCUAGAAGAUGACGAACAAUUGCAACGUGCUCAAAGUGAAUCGAUCCUAUCCAGUCAAAACAGUCGACCAAUAUAUGAGAGAAACAAGUACAGCGUCAUUAGCUUGCAUAAUUUUAGGGGCAAUCCAACAACGGUGGAAACAUUUGGCACAUCAGUAAACAAAACGUCUGCCGCUACUGUUCAGCCAUCCAUCAGUGUACAACACGAGGCUAACGGUAUAGUGCCAUCAUCGCGUACUACGAUGUCUUACACCGUAUUUUUUGAUCCAUUAACUAUCAACGAUGAACUUAUGGAACUUGAAAAACCCAAACCAACAGCAGCACAUACACCAGCGAUACAUAUGCCGCGUCAUUAUGGAUGGAACGGAACCCUGCUUAAUCCGGGUGAUACUGCAUCAAGAAUAGCAACGGAAGAUUAUUCCACGCCAUUGAUGAGCGAAAGUUUACGCGAAAAUGUUACCUUUAUGCAAAAAAAGGCAAACGAAAUGUUUGGCGAUCUGAACGAUGCACAAGCGGAUAAACUUAUGACAGCAAUUCAAAUGGCCGAUAAGGAUAAGUCGAUGCGAAGAUUGAUUCUGCUUCUUAUACGUACCUGUGACGAUAGUCCAACAAAUACGAAUGAAGAAUCGCGCAAAGCUUUGCUAGAGGCAUUAAUUAACAUUGGUGGUGUAAUGAAUCCUCAAAGUGCUGACGAGCUACGUAUCUUAUCCGAUAGCCACACUCGACAGGCAGAACAUCGUCGAGGUAAAGAAAUUGGGUACAACAGAGAUACAAAUCUCUUGCACGAUGUUUCAGCUGAUAAAUCAACAACUCCUAACAUGGCGGCAACGACAGAAAAUUAUGCCAAAGCGUUUACGGGCUCAAACGAUGCCAGCAGCAGUGAAGAGCGUGAAAGUCAAGAACGUGUUAACAGUGAGGAGUGGUCGAAAGGUAACAACUUUCAAACCACGGAAGCUACAACGAAAAUGUACUACACUUCCAAUGAGGGUCAAACAAGCUACUUACCGAACUUUAUCACUACCCAAGCCAGAUGGGCUAAUGGCUAUGACGAUACACAACAGACACAGUCAACUACGACACCAUAUCCGUCUACGGUAGUACAAACAACGGCUGAUAGUAGUAUUUCAACGACAUUUACUACUAUCACGGAACCCACCGCAAUCCCUACAUUAACAGCAAUCCCAACAUCGGAAACAAUGGAUAGUGCAAGCUUAACGACCUUUCAAACUCCGGCUGACAUCAUCGAUACAGAAUAUAGAUCUGUAGAGUCUUUAGAAUCGGAUGCAUCUUCCGAACUCAAACCACCAUACAUCGUAUCGCAGCGCUUGCCAAAAGAUCUCUCGAGUUCACUAGGCUAUCCUUCAUCGAGUAAAAAUAAAUACCAUUCCGCUCAUAAUUCCGAUACUCGUGCCCUCGAACUACUAAAAUCGCUUUAUUCGUUGGCCACGAGAUGGGGUUAA